UUGCAGUAACGACACUGGGGCUGUCUUGAGUAUGACGGGGAGGUUAUAGCCUAUGGUUUGUGUAGCUUUAUUAGUUAGCCACAUGUAGUGUAAAGCUGCUCGCUAGCUUUCUGGAGCCUUGUUGGCAUUCUAAGGGAUAUGAAUGACAACAUAUUUUUUUGAAUAGCAUGCGUGUAUAGGCUUGCUAGUUAUUUUGUUCAUUUAAAAAACGGGAUAACCUUCACUGGAUAUUAGGUGCAUCCACAAGUGAUUAGCCUACCCGGAAUAAAAGUUUGUAGGCCUGUUUGUAAAAGAUCCAAAUGGAUAAAAAUGCACGAAAGCUUCGGAAUCAGGACAUUAACCCAUGCAUCGACGAAAGCGACGCCUCCCACAAGUGUUUGGAUGCCUCCAACUACAAUAAGAGCAUGUGUUCUGCCUAUUUCCAGAGAUACAAGAACUGUAGGAAAUACUGGCACGACAUAAUGCUGCAGAGGAGAAGAGACGGUGUGAAACCUGACAUGCCUACUGCUGCAGAGAGGCAGGAGCUGCUCGCUGCCAUCGGAGGGAAACCUUACUGAGGGUCAGCGGGUCACACACAGACACUGAAGAGCAGCGGGCCUUGGAAAAUCACUACAGGCCAACACACUGUGCUGAUGCUACUGCUCCGCGUUGGCUUGGACUGUACUGUGAUUUCAAUCUCAGGUCAUGUGGAAGAGUCACAGAAAGACAAGAUGUCCAAUAUGAGAUUAUUUAUAGAGAUUUUGUAACAGCGUGACAUAAACUGACACUAAAUUAAAGGGCCUUCAAAGCAUUUGUGUUUUUGUUGAAAAGUCCUGUUCAUGUUUUGAAUUGCUGUGGUCUUGUUGUCUGUACAUUUCAUCAUAAUUAUUAGGGUCCUCCAAAAAAGUAGGCACACACUUGAACCUGUGAGUACAGCUGUAUUAUUCCCACUGAAAACAAUGUGUGGAAGACUACUUCAUGUGUGAAAUCUAAAGCAAACUGAGCACUGACUGGAUUUCAGCUCACCAGCAUUAUCCAUCAUGGGCUUUAAUUAAAAAAAAAAAAAAAAGAGUAUUGAAUCUUUGAAUCUUGGUCAUUGUUUCACUGAUUGUUUUACCACCUCAUUCUGUCAUUUUAGAUUAUACUUUGCAUAAUACUAGAGAAAGGUAGAAAAUGAAGGAAUUUUAAAAAAAGGGAUACGUAUUUCAGUGUGAAAUCAAUGUAUAAUACACAUUUUAAUCAACUUCAUUGGAUUGAGCCAAAUCAAAUCAAAUGCUUUUCAGUGUAUCUGGUGGAGAACUUGAGAAUGUAUGUUUCCACAGAAUAAGGACUGGAUUUUGUUUCCUAUCAUAUAGGAGUCAUCCUAAGAUAGGAUCACUUCUACGACGAUUACAAUGGCCGUAGAAAUAUGAGCCUGUCCUUCAAAACAGUCAGAGUAUUCUAUAUAAUAAUUAAUAACUAUUAAUAAUAAAUAAAAGGUGAGACAGUACAGGCACAGCUUUUUCAUGCACUGGAUUAUUUUGACAUUUUGUCUUCUUUCACACUAGUGAGAAAAAAGCUAACCAAAAUACACAUUUAGCUGUUUUUUGUGUGUUUUUGUGUCUGUAGAUUUCACCAAAAGUUUGUAUUAGAUAAUGCCUCAUUUGCAUAUUUAAACCUAAAAAAUAAAGAAUUGUCUCAACGUAA